UUAUCCCCUGUACAAAAAUUAUCUUCAGAAGGAGAAUUAAAUCCAAAUACAAGUAAUUAUGUAUAUUCAGAUGAAAUUGUUCCUGCAUCAAGUUUAGAAGAAGAAAAAGAUUCUUGGGAGUCUCAAAGUAUUGCAUCUGAAAUGUGCUGUAUUAUUAAAUCAUCACCAGGAAAUGGAUGUAGAAAGUUAUUAUGUUGCUGUCCUAAAAGAGUGUCUAAAGAUAUGAUAACUGAGGCAGUGGAUAAAGAGAGAUUAAAAAUUAGGGCAAGAAUGAACACUAUUGAAAAGACAGAAAUGCAGUGGAGAGAAGAAGUGAUAGAACCAAGGGAUCAACAAACAAAAUCCUUUGUCUCCAUUGCUGAGAAAAAUAUGAAAUUACUGAGAAGCUCUCCAUCAACAGAGACAGGCAACUUUGAAGCUCCUUGUCUUAUAUCAGAAAUGUGUUGUAUUGUUAAAGCAUCACCACAAAUUAUAUAUACAAAGAUACCAUGUUGCCUGCCUAAAGGAAUGUCUAAAGAUAUGGUGAAGAAGCAAGUAGGUGUGGAGAAAUUAAAAACUAAGGCAAGAAUAAACCCAAUCAAAGAGUCAAGCAUCCAAUGGAGAGAGAAGGUGAUGAAAUCAAAGGCUCAAUUAGAAAGAGCUGUCACUGCCAAGAUUCCAUGCAUUACAACUGAAAUGUGCUGUAUUGUUAAAACGUCACCAAGAAUUAGAUGUAUGAAGAUGCCAUGUUGCCCUCCCAAAAGAGUGUCUAAAGAUAUCCUAGGGAUAGAUGACUGACGACUGAGCUUUUCAUUGCCGUUCAAGAUUAGCAUGUGAAGAAAAGCCUGAAUUUACCUGACUGAAAUGAAUGGCAAUGAUCCUCGUCCAGAUUCUCAAUGAGAAGUACCUUUGUUGCUGUGCUAGAUAUAUUUCUUUCUGUAUUCCAAUUAUCUUCUUAAAAGUUUUCAUCUUUUUCUUUUGGACUGUUAAAUAACCUUCUCUUUAGAAUGCUGUCACAGGAUGCCAUUUACUUUGAAAAGGAAAACUGAAUUUAUAUAUAGCUGAAAUUGGAAAGUGAGAUCAUCGUGUACAAAAGCAAGAGAUGUUUGUUUAUGGGGUCAGCACUGGGUAGUUAUAUAAGGUCCUUUGUUUUUGGUGUCUGCUUAAUAAAUAUAUUAAGUAGUUUUUCAAAGGUAUUUCUUGUUCUGUUUGGAUUAAAAGUACCAAAGUCUUAAAGCAUUGGAAAUGAAAACCCUUUUAUUAGAAGCUAUUUUUAACUGAACCUAAUUGAAACCACAUGAGUGGGAGACCUAAUUCCAUUUCUGUCUGACUCCAAAGAAAUUCUACCCCCAUAGCUCAACAAACUAAGGAAAGUAGAACACAUACAAAUGAUAAUGAAAUGCAAAGUAUUUUAUUCAUUAUCACUCCAAACAAACAUAUUGGCUGAUUCUUCAACUUAACUUUUUGAUAGUACUCUCACAGAACAUGAAUAGUUUUUGAUGAUAAAGAGCACACUUGUAUAAUCCUGUUAACAUCAACUCUCUCUCUGAUUUUACUAAUACAGAAACA